UAUUCCCUAAUCGGGCCAGAGGCCUCCUCACAGCUCCCUGAUGAGAAACGCAGGAGAGCCCUGACAAACAACAUCCCAACCCCGCUAAAUCGUUGAGCAGAGGGAGCCUGCGAGGUGCCAACACUCCUGAGAGAAAAGACGGGAGAGAGAGAGAGAGAGAGGGGGAGAGGGAGGAAAGAAAUCGCAGGUUAUUUAUAACGCCAGGCAGCACCAGGGGCUCUCCAGUCUCUCCUGCAAGGCUGCGGCUGGCGGAGGUCACUCCCCGCCAUCCCCGCCGAGCCCGGGCCGUGCCAGCUCCGGGAUCUGGGGCGGGCACGGCGCUGCUGCGGCUCGGGAGCCUCCCUCCCUCCCAUGCUGCCGGUGCCACGGCACAGCCCGCAGCAGCCUUUGCACAGGAGGAGAGCACCUCGGUCCCUCCAGCGCCAUGCCUCGGGCCACCACCCUCAUCCUCAUCCUGGCCGGGCUCUGCUGCUCCUCGCUGGGCCAGUACAACGAGGAGGAGGACCUGGCGUGGCUCCAGUACUACCUGCGGCAGUCCCGCUCCUCCUCCUACAACUACGUGCCCUACUACGAGGAGGAAAGCCCCGCGUACGCCUACUCCUACCCCUCAGCCACCGACACGGAGCCCGAGCCCGAGCCCGAGCCGCAGCAAGCGGCGCCCUGGCGGUGUCCCCAGGAGUGUGACUGUCCCCCCAACUUCUCCUCGGCCAUGUACUGCGACACGCGCGGCCUGCGGUACCUGCCCUUCGUGCCGUCGCGCAUGAAGUACGUCUACUUCCAGAACAACCUCGUCACCUCCAUCCAGGAGGGCGCCUUCGACAACGCCACCGAGCUGGAGUGGCUGGCGCUGCACAACAAUCAGAUCAGCAGUGAGAAGAUGGGGAAAAAGGUUUUCGGGAAGCUGCGGCGCCUGGAGAGGCUCUACAUGAACAACAACAACCUGACGCGGCUGCCCAGCCCGCUGCCGCGCUCGCUGCGGGAGCUCCACCUCUCCUACAACCACAUCUCCAAGGUGCCUUCCAACGCCCUGGAGGGGCUGGAGAACCUCACGGCGCUCUACCUCAGCCACAACUUCAUCUUCGAGCUGGGCGCCUCCCUCAAGGGGCUCAAGUCGUUGAUUUUGGCCGAUCUGAGCUACAACAACCUGCGGAGGGUCCCCGACGGGCUGCCGGCGUCGCUGGAGCAGCUGUACCUGGAGUACAACUACAUCAACGCCAUCCCCGAGGGGUAUUUCCAGGGGUCCCCCAGGCUGCUCUACGUGAGGAUGUCCCACAACAGCCUGAGCGACCAAGGGCUCUCCAGCAGCACCUUCAACAGCAGCAGCAUCCUGGAGCUGGACCUCUCCUACAACCGCCUGCAGAAGAUCCCGCGCGUCAACACCAACCUGGAGAACCUCUACCUGCAGGGGAACCAGAUCAACGAGUUCUCCAUCAGCAGUUUCUGCUCCGUGGUCGAUGUCAUGAACUACUCGCGCCUCCAGGUGCUGCGGCUCGACGGCAACGGCAUCAAGAGGAACGCGGUGCCCCCGGACGCGCCGCUGUGCCUGCGCCGCGCCAGCGUCAUCGAGAUCUGAGCCGGACCUGUGUCCCCUUUCCCGGGGUGUCCCCUCCUUCCCGGGGUGUCCCCUCCUUCCCGGGGUGUCCCCCGUUCCCGGGGUGUCCCCUGUUCCCGGGGUGUC